GCACAUCGGUUUGUUUUGAGAUGACGCGCCUGCAGCCUCCGCCGCUGUUUGAACAGGCUAGGCUAACGUUGCUAAUGUAAAAACUAAACAAAUGCCAAACAUUCCCGAGAUUUUCUCCAGGCUGAAGCGCUGAAACCAUGGCCAUUCCAAUGGAAAGCCAGCUUCAGAGCAUAUUCGAGGAUGUGGUGAAAACAGAAAUCAUCGAGGAGGCCUUUGCUGGGAUGUUCAUGGACACCCCUGAAGAUGAGAGGACCAAGCUGAUCAGCUGUUUAGGGGCCUUCAGGCAGUACUGGAGCACACUUCCUCAGGAGUCCCAUGAGCAGUGUGUGCAGUGGAUUGUGCGGUUCAUUCACAGCCAGCACAGCCCCAAACGCAUCUCCUUCCUCUAUGACUGCCUGGCCAUGGCUGUAGAGACCAGCCUGCUGCCACCAAGGAUGGUGUGCCAGGCGCUGAUCAACUCCGACACUCUGGAGUGGGAGCGGACCCAGCUCUGGGCUCUGACCUUCAAACUGGUCCGUAAAAUCAUCGGCGGAGUGGAUUAUAAGGCUGCGAGAGACUUGUUGAAGGCCGUUCUGGAUAAAAUUCAGACCAUCCCCAGCCUGGUCAGCUCGGCUGUGGUGCACCAGCUCCUGCCGGCGAGAGAGGUGGUGGAGUACAUCCUGGACAGGAACGCGUGUCUCCUGCCUGCUUACUUUGCUGUGAAUGAAAUCCGGAAGCUCUACCCUGAGGGACAGCUCUCGCACUGGCUUUUGGGCAGCCUGAUAUCAGACUUUGUGGACAGCUUCCGUCCCACGGCGAGGAUGAACUCCAUAUGUGGCCGCUGCAGUCUCCUCCCUGUGGUUAACAACUCUGGAGCGAUCUGCAACUCUUGGAAGCUGGAUCCUUCCACUCUGCGCUUCCCUCUGAGAGGCAUGCUGCCUUACGAUAAGGACCUGUUUGAGCCCCAGACGGGGUUGCUAAGAUACGUGUUGGAGCAGCCUUACUCCAGAGACAUGGUCUGCAACAUGCUGGGCCUCAACAAACAGACCCUGAACAUUGCUCAGCAUAAGCAGCGAUGCCCCGUGCUGGAGGAGCAGCUGGUGGACCUGGUGGUUUACGCCAUGGAGCGCUCAGAGACAGAGGAGCAGUUUGACGAUGGUGGAACGAGCCAGCUGCUCUGGCAGCAUCUGUCCAGCCAGCUCAUCUUCUUCGUCCUCUUCCAGUUCGCCAGCUUCCCGCACAUGGUGCUCUCACUGCAUCAGAAGCUGGCCGGUCGUGGUCUGAUUAAAGGUCGAGAUCACCUGAUGUGGGUGCUGCUGCAGUUCAUCUCCGGAAGCAUCCAGAAGAACGCGCUGGCUGACUUCCUGCCCGUCAUGAAGCUGUUUGACCUGCUGUACCCUGAGAAAGAGUGCAUUCCUGUUCCAGACAUCAACAAGCCCCAGUCCACCCACGCCUUCGCCAUGACCUGCAUUUGGAUCCACCUCAACCGCAAAGCCCAGAAUGACAACUCUAAACUCCAGAUUCCUAUUCCGCACUCGCUCAAACUGCACCACGAGUUUCUACAGCAGAGCUUGCGCAACAAGAGCCUGCCGAUGACGGACUACAAGAUAGCCCUCCUGUGUAAUGCUUACUCCACCAACUCGGAGUGCUUCACGCUGCCCAUGGGCGUCCUGGUGGAGACCAUCUAUGGAAACGGGAACGUGCGCAUGUCACUGCCGGGAACCAACUGCGUGGCGUCCGGCUCCGUCACUCCUCUGCCCAUGAACCUCCUCGAUUCGCUCACCGUCCAUGCCAAGAUGAGUCUGAUCCACAGUAUAGCCACACGGGUCAUUAAGCUGGCCCAGGCCAAGUCCAGUAUUGCCCUGGCCCCUGCCCUGGUGGAGACGUACAGCCGCCUGCUGGUCUACAUGGAGAUCGAGUCCCUUGGAAUCAAAGGCUUCAUCAGUCAGCUGUUGCCCAACGUCUUUAAGUGCCAUGCGUGGGGGAUCCUGCACACCCUGCUGGAGAUGUUCAGUUACCGGAUGCACCACAUCCAGCCGCACUAUCGCGUCCAGCUCCUCUCUCACCUCCACUCGCUCGCUGCCGUGCCGCAGACCAAUCAGAACCAGCUGCACCUCUGUGUGGAGAGCACAGCCCUGAGGUUAAUCACAGCGCUGGGCAGCUCAGAGGUCCAGCCACAGUUCACACGUUUCCUCAGUGACCCCAAAACUGUGCUGUCCGCCGAGUCCGAGGAGCUGAACCGAGCGCUCAUCCUCACCCUCGCCCGCGCCACACACAUCACUGAUUUCUUCACAGGUUCGGACUCUAUCCAGGGCACGUGGUGUAAGGACAUUCUGCAGACCAUCAUGAACUUCACACCUCACAACUGGGCUUCUCAUACCCUGAGCUGCUUCCCUGCUCCCCUGCAGGCGUUCUUCAAGCAGAACAACGUUCCUCAGGAGAGCCGCUUCAACCUGAAGAAGAACGUGGAGGAAGAAUAUAGAAAAUGGAAGUCCAUGACCAACGAAAAUGACAUCAUCACGCACUUCUCCAUGCAGGGCUCUCCUCCGCUCUUCCUUUGCCUGCUCUGGAAGAUGCUUCUAGAAACCGACCACAUCAACCAGAUUGGCUUCAGGGUUCUGGAGCGGAUAGGCGCACGCGCGCUGGUGGCACACGUCCGGACGUUUGCGGAUUUCCUGGUGUACGAGUUCUCCACGUCAGCGGGGGGGCAGCAGUUGAACAAAUGCAUCGAAAUCCUGAACGACAUGGUGUGGAAAUACAACAUCGUCACUCUGGACCGCCUCAUCCUCUGUCUGGCAAUGAGGAGUCACGAGGGGAACGAGGCGCAGGUUUGCUACUUCAUCAUUCAGCUUCUUCUCCUCAAGCCCAACGACUUCCGCAACCGCGUCAGCGACUUCGUCAAGGAGAACGCGCCGGAACACUGGCUGCAGAGUGACUGGCACAACAAGCACAUGACCUACCAUAAGAAGUACCCAGAGAAGCUGUACUUUGAGGGUCUGGCGGAGCAGGUGAACCCCCCAGUGCAGCUCCAGCCGCAGUACCUGCCCAUCUACUUCGGGAACGUGUGUCUGCGAUUCCUACCCGUCUUCGACAUCGUCAUCCAUCGCUUCCUAGAGCUGCUGCCUGUCUCAAAGUCCCUGGAGACCCUGCUGGACCACCUUGGAGGCCUCUACAAGUUCCAUGAUCGGCCGGUGACGUACCUGUACAACACCCUGCACUACUACGAGAGGCACCUGCGCGACCGCACCAAUCUGAAGCGCAAACUGGUGCACGCCAUCAUGAGCUCACUGAAGGAUAACCGCAUGCCUGGCUGGUGCCUCAGCGAGACCUACCUCAAAUUCGGCAUGAACCCCCGCGACGACAACGUCUGGAUCCCUGACGACACCUAUUACUGCAAACUCAUCGGCCGCCUGGUCGACACGAUGGCUGGGAAGUCUCCUGGUCCGUUUCCCAACUGUGACUGGCGCUUUAACGAGUUUCCGAAUCCAGCAGCACACGCGCUUCACGUGACCUGCGUGGAGCUGAUGGCCCUCGCCGUGCCAGGCAAAGACGUGGGAAACGCGCUGCUCAACGUUGUGCUCAAGAGUCAGCCUUUGGUCCCUCGCGAGAACGUGACUGCAUGGAUGAACGCAAUUGGGCUGGUCAUCACCGCUCUGCCUGAGCCGUACUGGAUCGUGCUGCACGAUCGCAUUGUUAGCGUGAUCAGCAGCCCUGCGCUGACAUCAGAGAUGGAGUGGGUCGGCUACCCGUUCCAGCUGCUGGACUUCACAGCCUGCCACCAAUCCUACUCGGAGAUGUACUGCAGCUACGUGUUGGCACUAUCCCACGCAGUCUGGCACCACUCCAGCAUCGGACAGCUCUCCCUCAUUCCCAAGUUUCUGUCGGAGGUGCUGAAGCCACUGGUGAAGACGGAGUUCCAGCUCCUCUACAUCUACCACCUGGUGGGACCGUUCUUACAGCGCUUCCAGCAGGAGAGAACGCGCUGCAUGCUGGAGAUUGGUGUGGCGUUCUAUGAGAUGCUGCAGGCGGUGGACCUCCACAGUAAACACCUGGCGUAUAUGGACCCCAUCUGUGACUUUCUCUACCACAUGAAAUACAUGUUCACAGGGGACAGCGUCAAAGACCAGGUGGAGAAGAUUAUCUGCACGUUGAGACCAGCCAUGAAGCUCCGCCUCCGCUUCAUCACGCAUAUCAGCGUGAUGGAGCCAGGUGCGACCACCGCUACGGCAACGUCUGCCUCCCAGCCGACCACAGUCUCCUCGCCUGCCCCUCAGAGCGGACCAGGAUCCUCUAACAUCCCCUUGUCUGUUGCCCAGUGACCCCUCAGAUGAGCCCAUCGUGAUCGUUCCUGCCACGCUCCGCUGGUGAAUAGCUACUGAUGUGAGGUUGGACUGGUUUCCAGAAGUACAUGAAUUAUUCGGAUUGGACAGGGCUCAAGUUUUGUUUGGGUUGAAUGAAUAUUCAGUGUCCGGAUUAUAACGCCAUGCUAUGUGCACGGAUAUUCGAGUACCCGGUUACCCGCUGAAGGUGCCGGUACUGGUGAACUGACAUCACUAUUCAAGUGUUUGUUAGAGAAAAAUAACGAGCAAAGUUUUUGUGAAACGAGACGUUUUUGUUCGUCCACUGAGGAGAAAGUACGUUUUUGAAGUGGUGUGAGAAGCUGAGCCUGCACUCUUACAAAAGACGGUUCUUCCAGGCUUUCUUUACAAAAGCAAAAGGUUCUCUGUAGAACCAUGACCAUUACAGGGUUCUUCAAUGGCUUCAGAUUAAUGGAGAAUGUGCUGUAGAUGUUUCCAUAUAAAAGUUUUUGGUUCUGUGUAGCACCCAAAAGGGUGACGAUGUCAAGCUUGUAACAACAGAAGAACCCUUUGCGGUUCUUUUUUUCAAAAAGGUUCCGUCUAUAGCACAAUCAUGCACUUUCUCCAUCAAUCACCAUCAAGCACCCUUUCAUGAUCCAAAGAAUCCUUUAAUCAUGCACAGGGUUUUUUUGAGAGUUCAUGGUUCUAAAUAGGGCAAUUUUCUUCAUUAAAGAACCCUUAUUUUUAAGAGUCAAAGAACAGUUUGCAUGAUUAAAGGGUUCUUUGCAUCAUGAAAGGGUUCCUCAGAUUGGUUGUUUCUAUACAGAACCUUUUUUGAAAAUGCUUCUUAUUACCACCCAAAGGGGUUCUUCUGUAGUUACGCUGUCAAGCUUGUAGGAAUGGAUAAACUCUUUGGGGUUCUUUUUUCAGAAAGGUUCUGUAUAGAAACAUCUACUGCACAUUUUCUGUCAAACGGAAGAACUUGUUAAUCAUGUAAAGGGUUCUUUUGAGUGUUCAUGGUUCUAAAUUGAGCCAUUUUCUUUAUUAAAGAACCCUUCAAAAACCUUUUUUCACACUCAAAGAACCAUUGCGAGGUUGUGCCGUAGCUGGUUCUACAUAGAACCUUUUUGUGAAAAUGCUUUUAUAUAGCACCCAAAAAAGGGUUUCUUCUAUUCUUAUAAGCUUGACAUCUUAACAAUAAAAGAUGCUGUAUAGAACUCUUUCCAAAAACGUUCUAUGUAGAACCAUCUAUAGCACAUUUCAUGCACGUUCUACAUCGAUUUAAAGAAUAUUUAAUCAUGCACAUUAAUGCAGGUAAUCAUGCAAAGGGUUCUUCGGGUGAUCAUGGUUCUAAAUUGAGACUUUUGAGAUUUUUCUUUACUACAGAACCCUUGAAGAACCAUCUUUUUUAGAAUUCACAGCCAAGGCAGUGAGAUCAGCCAAUCAGAACUAGGCGGGCUGGAAACAGCAAUGCUGAAUUGGUCCUCACAGUGACUUUUUGUACAUCUACCAUAGAAAUAGCAGUGGAAAUGAACGAGGCGCUGAAUUUAAUGUAGAUGUUUUGAUGUAAACAGACUGUGUGCUGCAGUUUCCCAUUCGGUUGAAUGGGGUUUUUACCAGCCUUGCAUCAGUAGCUACUCAGGAGCACGUCUCGGGGAGGCGCGGACGCAGCCGAUGGUUACAGGUGUCGGGCACGAGUAACGGUGUCGCUUCGUGCUCGUCGGUGAACACCUGGGAGUUAUUUCACCAGAACUGAAUGAAGGACAAAGCAACAAAAAAAACAAUAUCACAAACUUCAAACGAAGCGGUGGAGCUGAAUAAUUCCCACGGAUGCGCUUCACACGGUUAUAACCACAGUUUAACCCCCUAAACUCCGUCUUGGAGUGCAGGUGGUUCUACAUAAACCGUUUAGUCUGCUAAAGAACCUUUGUCUUAAAGAGAGUACGUAUAAUAAAACGUACUAUUCGGUAUUAUGAAUGUUGAGCUUCUGUAGUUGAGAGUGUGGGAUUCAAGUGGGGACCCACAUACAGACAAAGGUUCUUUGGUAGACUAAACAGUUCUAUGUAGAACCACCUACACUCCGAGACCAAAGGGUUCUUUGCAUCACGAUGUGCUGUAGAUGGUUCAAAGUAGCACCUUAUGGAAAAGGGUUCUGUGUAGCAUCAAAAAGAGUUCUUCUAUAGUUACAAAGUCAGGCUUAACACAAAGAAGAACCCUUUUUCAAGAAGGUGCUAUAUAUGCUCUUAAAAGGUUCUUCAGGGAUUCAUUAGUUAACAAAAUUGUUCUGUUUAGAACCUUGAGCACUUCAGAAUGAUGGAGGAUGAGCUGUAGAUUCUAUCUAGCACCCAAAAGAGUUUUUUUUGUUAAAAUGUCAAGCUUGUAAAAAAGCCUCUAAAAGGCUUUAUAAACCAUGUAUAGCACAUUUGUGCACCUUUUCCAUCCAUGUGAAAAACACUUUCACCAUGCAAAGAACCCUCUAAUCAUGCAAAGGGGUUAUUUGAGUGUUCAUGGUUCUGUGUAGAAACGUCUUCCUUACUGAAGAACCCUUGAAGAACCUUUUUUUAAGAGUGUAGCCAGUUUCUGGGGUUAAGUCAGCAGACUGGAUGGGUGCAGGUUGUGUCUCGAAUUCCAGAUGAAGUCCCAGAUGCCGUUGCUGUAUUGGCUUCAGCUCUACGGUGAUGUUUUGGAAGGCCUGGACUCAGUUUGGUGCUUUGGUGCAGCAGUUUUUUGCCCCACUGUCUCACAAGAACAUCAGCCAAGAAGAAAUCAUGGAUAAAUUCGAGACUCUUGGGCAGCUGUGAUGAAUCAUAUUGGUCAGUUGAGCUGUGAAGACGAGCUCCUCAGAGGUGCACUUCCCCAGAAACGUCGCUAAUAAUAAUAAUGAAUGACCGCCGUCUGGAUCAGUCGGGUAAUGCGUCGGUAAUUCCCCUCGCAUUUUCCGGGUGAACUGUUCCUUUAAACAGUGUUCAGGUGUAACUGUCAGUUAACUGAUGCUCUAACAAUGCGCUCACCUGUAGAAAAGCGAGCCACACAGAGCCGACUGUGUGAUGAUGUGGCCUGUUUGGCGACGUUUGUAUGGACAGUGCGUAUUAUUUUUGGAAUGUUUGUUGUUUUGCUAUUUGUUUCUUGCCUUUUUUUAAAAAUAAAAAACCAUUUGUAGCUUG